AGAUUUCGUGGUGGAGCCGUGCGAACGGGGAACAAUGAAGCAGCAGCUGUUGCCUGCUAAUUGGAAAAUUAAACAAAUCCCGCACACACCGCAACAACGGACGGGCCGCGUCGCGAUUUUGUGAGUUUCGUGUGAAGUUGGGCAAAUUGAAAAAGCGUCGCAGGAGCCCUCCGCCUCGGCACAACACACGCAACAACCGAGCGAAUCGAACAGAAAAUACCAAAGUUAAUAGUUUUGUUUUCGUAAUACAAUAUCUCGGUGCGGGAGUGAAACAGAGCCAGAGAGAGAGAGAGAGCGAGAGCGCUGUACCGAGUUCCCGAGUCCGAGUGGGGGACAAGAAAUUCAAUUCCAAUUCCCAAUUGUUCAAAAUUCAAAAAUCAAUUCCAACUCCACUCGAUUCGCUCGUAGUUUGUUUUUGGCCAAAAGCGAUACGCCCGCAUGCAGCAGCGGUUGCAAUAUGGCGGCGAGUGAACAGGAAGCGAAGAUGGCCACGACGGUGCGCCUGCCCAUUGUGGGCAUGACCUGUCAGUCCUGUGUGCGCAACAUCCAGGAGCAUAUUGGCCAGAAGCCUGGAGUGCUGGUCGCCCGCGUUCUGCUGGAGGAGCAGGCGGGCUACUUUGACUACGAUCCGCAUCAGACCGAUCCCGUUCGGAUAGCCAGCGAUAUCGACGACAUGGGCUUCGAGUGCAGCUAUUCCGGGGAGCAGAUAGAACAGGAUAAGGCGACAAACGGCAUCGGUGCAGCCUUGUGGACCAACAUCCGGGUGGUGGGCAUGACCUGCCAGUCGUGCGUGCGCAACAUUGAGGGAAAUAUUGGCACAAAGCCCGGCAUCCUCGCCAUCGAGGUGGAGCUGGCAGCCAAGAACGCCCGCGUCCAGUACGAUCCCGCCCAGUUAACGCCCGACCAGGUGGCCGAACUCAUUGACGACAUGGGCUUCGAGGCGUCGGUGCAAACAACGAUACAAUCCACCACACCGAGCCCCAGGACGCCGCCUAGUAGAAGAUCGCCACGAAAGAGUCCAGAUCCCGUCCAGCAGAAUGGCAAUGCCGUUGCCAUACCCGUGGAACAGGAGCUGCUGACCAAGUGUUUCCUGCACAUUCGUGGCAUGACCUGUGCCAGCUGUGUGGCCGCCAUCGAGAAGCAUUGCAAAAAGAUCUAUGGCCUGGAUAGCAUACUGGUUGCCCUGCUGGCCGCCAAGGCGGAGGUCAAAUACAAUGCCAAUGUCCUGACGGCGGAGAACAUAGCCAAGUCCAUCACCGAGCUGGGCUUUCCCACGGAGCUCAUCGACGAGCCGGACAAUGGCGAGGCGGAGGUGGAGCUGGAGAUCAUGGGCAUGACCUGCGCCUCCUGCGUCAACAAGAUCGAGAGUCAUGUGCUGAAGAUCAAGGGCGUGACCUCCGCCUCCGUUACACUGCUGACAAAGAGGGGAAAAUUCCGAUACAGCACAGAGGACACAGGACCUAGGAGCAUAUGUGAGGCCAUCGAGGGACUUGGCUUUGAGGCCAAGCUAAUGACCGGCCGGGACAAGAUGGCCCACAAUUAUCUGGAGCACAAGGAGGAGAUCCGGAAGUGGCGGAAUGCCUUCCUCGUCUCCCUGAUCUUCGGCGGACCCUGCAUGGUGGCCAUGAUCUAUUUCAUGCUGGAGAUGAACGACAAGGGACAUGCGAACAUGUGCUGCAUUGUCCCUGGGCUGUCGAUGGAGAAUCUGGUGAUGUUCCUGCUCUCCACACCGGUGCAAUUCUUUGGCGGCUUUCACUUCUACGUGCAAUCGUAUCGGGCCAUUAAGCAUGGCACCACCAAUAUGGAUGUCCUCAUCUCGAUGGUCACCACCAUUUCGUAUGUGUACUCCGUGGCUGUGGUAAUAGCGGCGAUCCUGUUGGAGCAGAAUAGCUCACCGCUGACCUUCUUCGAUACGCCGCCCAUGCUGCUGAUCUUCAUUUCCCUGGGCCGCUGGCUGGAGCAUAUAGCCAAGGGUAAGACCUCCGAGGCCCUGUCCAAGUUGCUCUCCCUCAAGGCGGCCGACGCUCUGCUGGUGGAGAUCUCCUCCGAUUUUGACAUCAUCAGCGAGAAGGUUAUAUCCGUGGAUUAUGUACAGCGUGGUGAUAUCCUAAAGGUUAUACCCGGCGCCAAGGUGCCCGUCGACGGGAAGGUUCUCUAUGGCCACUCCACUUGCGAUGAAUCGCUAAUAACAGGCGAAUCAAUGCCGGUGGCAAAGCGCAAGGGAUCCGUGGUCAUUGGCGGUUCGAUCAAUCAGAACGGUGUCCUCCUGGUGGAGGCCACGCAUACGGGUGAGAACACAACGUUGGCCCAGAUCGUGCGACUGGUGGAGGAGGCUCAGACGAGCAAGGCACCGAUCCAGCAAUUGGCGGAUCGCAUUGCCGGCUACUUUGUGCCCUUCGUGGUCGUCGUAUCGAGCAUAACGCUAAUCGGUUGGAUCAUCAUUGGGUUUGCCAAUCCCAAUCUGGUGCCCGUUGCCAUGGAGCAUAAGAUGCAUAUGGAUCAGAAUACGAUUAUUGUUAGCUAUGCCUUCAAGUGUGCUCUCAGUGUCCUGGCCAUUGCCUGUCCCUGUGCUCUUGGCCUGGCCACGCCCACCGCCGUCAUGGUGGCCACUGGAACGGGUGCGAUCAAUGGAGUGCUGGUUAAGGGUGCCACAGCGCUGGAGAAUGCCCAUAAGGUCAAGACAGUGGUCUUCGACAAGACCGGCACCAUAACACAUGGCACUCCAAUGACCAGCAAGGUCACCCUCUUUGUGCCCGCCCAAGUGUGUAGCCUGGCCCGGGCCCUGACCAUUGUGGGAGCUGCGGAGCAGAAUAGCGAGCAUCCAAUUGCCUCGGCCAUCGUUCAUUUUGCCAAGGAUAUGCUCAAUGUGGGUGCUAAUCCCCAAGGCGGUAGCUUUGGCAAGAGCAGCAAUUUCCAAGCGGUUCCUGGCUGUGGCAUUCGCGUCACCGUAACCAACUACGAACAGACUCUGCGGCAGGCCUGCAACGCGGAGAGGAUCAUCAACUAUGAGAAUCUGCAUCGCAAUCAGCCGCAACGACCGAUCCCUGUGGACAAUGGAGCCAGCAUCGAGUACCUGUUGGCGCAGAGCAACAGCAACAGCAAAUCGAUGGAGCAGACGAAUCAGCAACUGCUCUCCGACUUGGAACUGGAACAGGAGCAACAGCUUCUCCUCACAGAGAAUAAUCAGCAGCAGAAGAUUAUUGAUGGUCCGGAGAUUAAGGUGCUGAUUGGCAAUCGGGAGUGGAUGCAACGCAAUGCCAUCGAUGUGCCGCUGGCGAUUAGCGAUUGCAUGGAGCAUGAGGAGCGCAAGGGACACACUGCCGUGCUCUGUGCCCUCAACGGGCAGCUGGUGUGCAUGUUUGCCGUCUCUGAUAUGGUCAAGCCGGAAGCCCAUCUAGCUGUCUACACGCUCAAGCGCAUGGGCAUCGAUGUGGUACUGCUCACUGGCGACAAUAAGAACACAGCUGCUAGCAUUGCACGAGAGGUGGGCAUUCGAACUGUUUAUGCCGAGGUGCUGCCAUCGCAUAAGGUCGCGAAGAUCCAGAGAAUUCAACAGAAUGGCAUACGAGUGGCCAUGGUCGGUGACGGUGUCAACGAUAGUCCAGCGCUGGCGCAGGCGGACGUGGGCAUUACCAUAGCCGCUGGCACAGAUGUGGCAGCCGAGGCCUCGGACAUUGUCCUCAUGCGCAACGAUCUGCUGGAUGUGGUGGCCUGCCUGGAUCUCUCCCGUUGCACGGUUCGUCGCAUCCGCUACAACUUCUUCUUUGCCAGCAUGUACAAUCUGUUGGGCAUUCCGCUGGCCAGCGGUCUCUUUGCCCCCUACGGCUUCACGUUGCUGCCGUGGAUGGCAUCCGUGGCAAUGGCCGCCAGUUCGGUGAGCGUGGUGUGCUCCUCGCUGCUGCUGAAGAUGUAUCGCAAACCCACAGCGAAAACGUUGCGAACGGCAGAGUAUGAGGCACAGUUGGCGGCAGAGCGUGCUGGCGGUUCGGAGUACGAACUGGAUAAUCUAUCGCUGCAUCGGGGCCUGGACGAUCUGCCCGAGAAGACGGGCAGGAUGGCCUUUAAGCGAUCCAGCCAAUCGCUCAUCUCACGGAUUUUCAUGCAUGGCAAUGGAAGUGCCGGCGGUGGCGGCCUGUCUUCGGUGGAUGCCAAGCACCAUGAGGAGGGUCUGCUGGAUCCUGAGGAGCAGUAUGAUGCACGCACCCAGAUCAUUAAGAGCCGCUAUCAUACCAGUGACAGGGACCUCACCGAGCUGCAGAAGCUGUAAUCUAAUCCCACCCAAGGACGACCACAAAAUCGACACAAAAUUUGCAGUGAAAUUGUGAAAAUUCUUUAGCGGGCAUUAAAUGGAAUUAGAAACUA